GGCAACGCGCUCGCCCAAGGGCGCGGAUCCUUUUUGGAAAUUAAUAUUAAAAAAAAAAAAAAAACGCCGAGGACUCUGAGGGGAAGGUGGGGGCAAGAGGAAAGGCGAGACAGCUGAGAGGGAGACAGAGCCCCACACUGAGAGGAAGGACGGAAGGCAGCAGUCGCCAGCAGCCGAUGUGAAGACCGGACUGCGUGCGCCCUUCGCCGCCUCUGCCCAGCCUCAUCGAUGUUGUGUCCGCCGCCCGCUCGCCCGGAUCACGAUGAACGCGCAGCUGACCAUGGAGGCGAUCGGCGAGCUGCACGGGGUGAGCCAUGAGCCGGUGCCUGCCCCUGCCGACUUGCUGGGCGGCAGCCCCCACGCGCGAAGCUCCGUGGCGCACCGCGGCAGCCACCUGCCCCCCGCGCACCCGCGCUCCAUGGGCAUGGCGUCCUUGCUGGACGGCGGCGGCGGCGGCAGCGAUUACCACCACCACCACCGGGCCCCUGAGCACAGCCUGGCCGGCCCCCUGCACCCCACUAUGACUAUGGCCUGCGAGACUCCCCCAGGUAUGAGCAUGCCCACCACCUACACCACCUUAACCCCUCUGCAGCCGCUGCCGCCCAUCUCCACAGUCUCGGACAAGUUCCCCCACCAUCACCACCACCACCAUCACCACCACCACCCUCACCACCACCAGCGCCUGGCAGGCAACGUGAGCGGUAGCUUCACUCUCAUGCGGGAUGAGCGCGGGCUGGCAUCUAUGAAUAACCUCUAUACCCCCUACCACAAGGACGUGGCCGGCAUGGGCCAGAGCCUCUCGCCCCUCUCUGGCUCCGGGCUGGGCGGCAUUCACAACUCCCAGCAAGGGCUCCCCCACUAUGCCCACCCGGGCGCUGCUAUGCCCACCGACAAGAUGCUAACCCCCAACGGCUUUGAAGCCCACCACCCGGCCAUGCUCGGGCGUCACGGGGAACAGCACCUCACGCCCACCUCGGCCGGCAUGGUUCCCAUCAACGGCCUUCCUCCACACCACCCCCACGCCCACCUGAACGCCCAGGGCCACGGGCAACUCCUGGGUACGGCCCGGGAACCCAACCCUUCGGUAACCGGUGCGCAGGUCAGCAAUGGAAGUAAUUCAGGGCAGAUGGAAGAGAUCAAUACCAAAGAGGUGGCUCAGCGUAUCACCACCGAGCUUAAGCGCUACAGCAUCCCACAGGCCAUCUUCGCGCAGAGGGUGCUCUGCCGCUCCCAAGGGACCCUCUCGGACCUGCUGCGCAACCCCAAACCCUGGAGCAAACUCAAGUCCGGCCGGGAGACCUUCCGGAGGAUGUGGAAGUGGCUGCAGGAGCCGGAGUUCCAGCGCAUGUCUGCGCUCCGCUUAGCAGCAUGCAAAAGGAAAGAGCAAGAACACGGGAAGGAUAGAGGCAACACACCCAAAAAGCCCAGGUUGGUCUUCACAGAUGUCCAGCGUCGAACUCUCCACGCAAUAUUCAAGGAAAAUAAGCGUCCAUCCAAAGAAUUGCAAAUCACCAUUUCCCAGCAGCUGGGCUUGGAGCUGAGCACCGUCAGCAACUUCUUCAUGAAUGCGAGGAGGAGGAGUCUGGACAAGUGGCAGGAUGAGGGCAGCUCCAAUUCCGGCAACUCAUCGUCUUCAUCAAGCACUUGUACCAAAGCAUGAAGAAAUAACCACGAACUGAAACCUCGGUGGAAAAGCUUUAAAUUAAAAAAAAUAAAAUUUUAAAGACCAGGACCUCAAGAUAGCAGGUUUAUACUUAGAAAUAUUUGAAGAAAACAAAGUGUUAUUUAUAGUCCAAAGAAACCAAAGACUUAGCUCACCUGCAUUCUGACUUUGUUCGGAGACACACACUUCAGCCAGGUGACGACUUGGCAAGAAAAAUUAUGAGCGGGAAAGCACCACUGGAUCGUACACCUUCAGCCCAUGAUCAUCCUCGCUGUGCUUGGCUGUUUCGUGGUUUGGAGCAUAGUAAUUUUGAGCCAUUGGGUGGACAUCUUUAAGAUCGGACUUUCUCAACCGUUCCACCGCGCCACGAAGGUGUAUGGUGUCUCAGUACUGUGUGUGGGUGCGUGCGUGCAAACAAACACACACACACACACACCACCACCACCACCACCACCACCACCACCAGUGGUUAGGGACUUAGGCAGGGCUGGUCUUCAGGAAGGGUUGUGUUGUAGGAGUACAACCAACAUGGUGCGGGGUUGUCUGAGUUCAGUGGAUUAGCAGUGUGAUUUUGCUCGUCUAGCCUAGUGUUUGAACCUGCCAGGCCCGCAACCUAUGUGCAGAUUCAAAUCCAGCAGAGAAAUUUGAAUGACACCUAAACCAGUGCAUUCUCUUUGUUUGUUAAGGAAUAUUCAGAUAUUUUUUAAGAAAUGAAACAAGAGUCCAUCCAUUAAAAAAGGAAAAUCACCUAGGUACCA